ACACCGCCUCCUCGGUCACGAUACACACUUGAUGAAAACACUGGACACAACAACAACACAACAGAGUCGGAACACACAACACAAUAAGGACAAACUGACCUCGUCAUAACAAUGUGUGCAUGGUGACCUAUGAUGAUUUGGCAUCCCAGUCCCUGAACUCUACUCUAGGUACAUCCUGAUCCUCAACACUUUAAAGCUGUUAAAGUUUUGAGAGAUUGAUACGACGAUGACUAAAAAGACGUCUGCCGCCAUUUGGAAAAUCAUCAUCACCCUGACCUUGGCUGGCUCUAUCCACUGCGGUAAGGUCCUGGUGUUCCCUCAUGAUGGCAGCCACUGGGUUAACAUGAAUAUAUUGAUACAAGAGUUGCACAACCGAGGUCACAAUGUCACGGUCAUCAGAGCAGCUGACAGCUGGUACAUCAAAGAGCAAUCACCCUACUACCACUCCAUAACCAUCGACUUCUCAGUGGGGGUAGACAAAGCUUUCUUCCGCACCUUCGUCUCCAGGCAGCUAGAGGUUCGGCGAGAAGGAAAACCCUUUUGGACCAGAAUCAGUCUGGACAUGGAGAUGUCAGCCAUGUUUUCCGAAAUGCACAGAAAGAUGUGCGAAAUGGUCAUCUGUAUAAUCGAGGAUCAAAAACUGAUCAAGUCCAUCAGAGAAACAGAUUAUGACGUGAUGCUGACGGACCCUGCGAACGGCGGAGGAGUCGUGCUUGCGCAUUUUCUGAACCUCCCGCUGGUUUUUAAUGUCCGUUGGACAGUGCACGGAGAGGCGCAUUUUGCGAUCGCGCCCUCGCCUGCGUCGUUCGUUCCCUUUCCUUUAUCCAUGUUAACAGAUAAGAUGACGUUUUUUCAAAGGGUAUAUAACGUACUUUUCCAUCUCAGACUCUACUUUUACAAGGGAAUUGUAGGUCCUCAUUACAGAGCUUUGUGUAAACGCUACUUUGGUCCAGAUGUAGAUUAUUUUGAAUUGUUCCAGGCAGCUGAUAUCUGGCUUAUGAGAGUCGAUUUCGUCUUUGAGUUCCCUCGCCCUACAAUGCCCAACGUUGUUUACAUGAGUUGCUUCCAAUGCAAACCAGCGAAAGCCCUCCCUGAUGAUUUACAAGACUUUGCAGAAAGUUCCGGAGAGCACGGCAUUGUCGUUGUGUCAUUAGGAACGCUGAUCGGAAAGCUCCCAGAUGAUAUAACCAACGAAAUGGCCGCCGCUCUCGCAAAGCUCCCUCAAAAAGUGAUCUGGCGAUACACAGGAAAGAAACCAUCCACUCUCGGGAACAACACGUUACUUAGGGACUGGUUGCCACAGAACGAUCUUCUCGGACAUCCCAAGACGAAGCUUUUCGUGAGCCACGGCGGAACAAACGGGAUUUUGGAAGCUAUUUAUCACGGUACUCCAAUCGUUGGCCUACCUCUGGUUUUUGAUCAACAAGACAAUCUGUCGAGGAUGAAAGGAAAAGGUGUAGCACAGGUCAUAGAUAUAGCUACGCUAAAUCAGAACAUGUUUCUUGAGGCUAUACAGGAGGUCAUAAACGAGCCGACCUACGGUAUAAACAUGAAGAGGCUGUCCCGGCUUAGCAGAGACACACCCAUAGAACCUCUGGACAACGCCAUGUUCUGGAUUGAGUUUGUUAUGAGACACAGAGGUGCUGCUCAUCUGCGGACCGAGUCAUACAAAAUGCCUUGGUAUGCUUACCACAGUGUCGAUGUUGUAGUGUUUUUGCUGUCAGUUGCAUCAGGUACAGUCUUCUUAAUCUUUGCUCUAGUCCAAUACGUAUGCUGCAGGUCAUGUAGGAAGAAACGAGUAAAACAAGACUGAUGAUACACUGCCUAACACCUGAUUUUCAGAUCCCACCGUAUACCAAAAUGCACAGCCUACAAUUUGUCAAUCAGUACCUCAUUUGAUUAAGCGGUAAAAAUCUACUCAGUCUUGUUUAAGUCAAGUGAAGAGAUAAAUAAACUAAGGAAACUUACUUAUCUGAAUUCAAGAAUAAAAUGAUAUUGGAAUUAACUGUGUACAUCUUUUUAUUAGCAAUUUUAUGCCAAAUCAGUAUCAACGGGUCAUGAGUGCUCAAGGCUCAUUGGAGGCUAAUGCAACAUUGUUAGCUACCGUUUUCUAGCUGACUGACAUUGGCGAAUCCAUCACUUAAUCAAAGUGACAUAGGUGUAUGUAACAAAUGUAAAGUACCAACUGAAAUUAUGCUGGUAAACUGCAGUCAGCAUUUAAACUCAAAAUGCUUCUCUAGCUGAUUUGCAUCUAGCUCUGGGCACCUGCAUUAAGUUACCCAGAGAAGUGUGUUUAUAUGACCCGCUUGCUCUGUCGGUGGAACUCAUUUACAAAGGAGUGAAUGCCUAACUGUAUCAAGCUGCUCCCAGUGUUAACUAAGGACAUAGUCAAUAAAUUAUGUGGAAAUUUAGCCGCCGUUAGCUGAUACCGUUAUCCGAUUGAACAAUCACGAUCGUCGUUGCUUGUCCGCCCAUACGCUUCUUUUUUCUUUGUAAUAAACUCUCUCAAGACUUAAAGAUAAUAAAAGCCAUUCACACAAACAAUAAACAAUAAAAGUCUG